CGUGCCGGUUGUUCUCUGCCGAAAACUAAAAUUAAAAAAUAUAACACACACCCAGGCACAAACAAAUAUUAUUCGCACAUUAAUAGUUAACAAAAUUGUUUAAAUUUUUAUCAAAGAAACAGAAAACACAAACUAUUAUUAAAAAAAUGUCUUUUAAAUCAACAAAACCCAAACAUAUUCUGGAAUUAACUGCACAGGAAAAACAAAAAUUUUUAGAUUCAUUCGAUACGGUCUUAUCAGAUUGUGAUGGAGUUGUUUGGCUAUUACUUGAGGGUAUACCCAAUGCAGGACAAGCAAUUAAUUUAAUUAAAGAUGAAGGCAAACAUUACAAAUUUAUCUCAAACAAUAGUAUGCGCACAGACGAACAGUAUUUACAGAAAUUUAAAGAAACCGGAGUACAAAAUGUAAACAAGGAAGACUUAGUGUAUCCUGUUAAAGCCAUUAUUAAGCAUAUAAAUCAAAACUUUUCUCAACAGCCCUGUUUGGUUUUGGGUUCAAAAUCAUUUAAGGCUACACUUAAAGAAAAUGGGGUGAAUGUUAAAACAGUGAUCACUCCCCCCGACAUUGAGCUAGAGGAUCUACCCGCCCUGAUUAAACCCACAGAUCAAGUAGCUGCUGUCAUUUUUGACAUUCAUGUCAAUAUGACUUUCAUAGAACUGGCUUUAGCUCAACAAUAUUUAAUGAAUAAAAACUGCCAGCUUAUUGUGGGUGCCUACGAUGACAGUAUACCCAUGUCAAAGAAUUUCUCUACAUUAGGACCAGCGGGCGUCAUCAAUAUAUUGGCAAAAACUUGUCACAAAGAAAUUCAAUUAUUUGGCAAACCUGGUGAUUUAUUGGGUCAAUAUCUUUUGCAACAUUUCCAAAUUUCCCAGCCGAAACGUGUUGUAUUUGUUGGUGAUAAUUUGGAUAUGGAUAUUAAAUUUGGUCUCAAGUUGGGUUUUCAAACCCUAUUUGUAUUGAGUGGUGCUCAUUCCAUGGAGGAUAUGUUGGGGAAACCUUUGGAGUCGCAGCCAGAUUAUUAUGCUGAUAGUAUGGGAGAUUUUCUGGAAUUUUUCAAUGAUUUAAAGUAAAUGUGUUUAUGUGUUUAAAAAUAUAUUUUUGUGUGUGUUUAAGUGUAAAUAAUUAAGAGAAAAAUAAAUAUGUUAUUGUCAAUGU